CCCCCCCCCCCCCCCCCCGCAACCGGGUGGUAGCGGCGGGGCCGGAAGGGGCGCGGCGGCGGGCGCCAUGGCGGCGGUGGCGGGGCCCUUCGCGCUGGUGACCAGCUGCGCCGCCGGCUUCGCGGCCGAGGAGCUCGUCAAACGUAUCACAGGGAAAGAUGACCUUACUGUGGGUGCAACGACAAGUGGAAGAGUGAAUUUUUACCCCUGGACAAUAGAUAAUAAAUAUUAUUCUGCAGACAUUCACCUCUGUGUGGUACCAAACACAUUUCUUGUUACUGGAGAUAUUGCUGAAUCUGUGCAAGCAUUUGUUGUGUACUUCGACAGCACAAUAAAAUCUGGACUUGAUAGUGUCUCCGAAUGGCUUCCCCUGACAGAAGAGUGGUUACCAGAAGUCAUGAUCCUGGUUUGUAACAGAGUAUCUGAAAAUGGUAUUAACAGACAGAAAGCUCAAGAAUGGUGCAUCAAGCAUGGCUUUGAACUGGUAGAACUUAGCCCUGAGGAACUGCCUGAUGAAGAUGAUGAUUUUCCAGAGUCCACCGGAGUGAAACGAAUUGUACAAGCCUUGAAUGCCAAUGUGUGGUCCAACGUAGUCAUGAAGAGCGACAGGACCCAGGGCUUUGGUCUUCUCAGUACGUUAGCAGGCGCAAACUGUAGCAUUGGGUCAGAAGAGAACCAAGAUACAGAAUCCAAUCCGUCAUCAGCAGAGGGAGAAGAAUCCCAUUUAGAUAACAGAGAAGACAGCGCUAGCACAAAUCACCUACAGGUGGACAACGCUGUUGAUCCCAUGUUAGAUACGGACAUUCAAGAGUUAGCCAGCCUAACCACAAGAGACGGUGACCUGGAGAACUUUGAAAGGCUGUUUUCAAAGCUGAAAGAAAUGAAAGAUAAAGCUGCAACAUUGCCUCAUGAACAAAGAAAACUGCACGCGGAAAAGGUGGCCAAAGCGUUCUGGAUGGCAAUUGGAGGAGACAGAGAUGAAAUCGAAGGUCUCUCCUCGGAUGAAGAAAACUAAGUUCUUCUGUAGCUGGAUACACAUCCAGACAUUCAAGGAAACACACCUACUGCUUCUGAACGGAACGAUAGAAACCAUCUGCCAGGCCUUGCCAUGACUUUGCCAUCUCCUCCCACUCUCUCUUCCUUUUUCGCCAGCACAGAGAGCUGUAAUAAAGAACCGAAGGGGCUUCCUUCCAAGUAGGGAACAGUUUUCCAUGUUUGCUUCCUGGUUUUUUCCUUUCUAAAUAUUUGUUGUGCAACAGCCAUAAAUGGCAAAAGCGCAGAGUGAAUCACUUGAAUGCAGUGAAGAAAAUAAUGCACUUGAAUGCUUUAGAAAACCAGUUCUUUAUAGAUGUGAUAUCUUUAUACAUGCAAUAUACAUGUGACUACUUAAAUUUAAUAAAA